GUCUUCAGGUUUCUUUUCCUCACCUCGCCUUCGAAUUCUUCCUUGAGCAGCGCUCAUUUUCACUUUCUCUUAUCCCAUUUUUGUCGCCAGUCGACCCAUAGUCGCUCUCUCAACCACACACUCUCUCUUUGCACAACAAUGAAGUUGACGAUCUCCUCUGUCAUCCUCUCCGUUCUCGUCGCGUCUUCGCUCGUGUCCUCUGCCCCCUUGGAUGCUCGUCAUAACAAGAAUCGCGGUAAGAAGAUGAUGGGCAAGGCCAGCCAGGCUACCCUCUCCUCUGCCGCUGGUGCAGCCUAUUUCCUGACGAAUGAGCCUGCUGGCAACUUUGUCGUUGCGGCAUCCAUUGGCUCUGACGGCAAGCUUACUCUCCGACAAGCCACCUCCUCUGAUGGGGCCGGGAGCCACGGUCUCGGGGGUGAUGGCCCCGAUCCACUAUUUGCCCAAGGCGCCGUCAAAGCCAGUGCCGCUGGAGAGAUUGUUGCAGCGCGCAAGGUCAACGCGGGCUCCAACACCAUCUCCGUGUUCGCCAUCGACCCGAAAAACCCCACCAACCUGCAAAUGAUUGGUCAGCCCAUCGGUUCGGGUGGCGAAUUCCCCAUGUCCGUGGCCAUCAACAAGGCCGGUAACAAUGUUUGUGCACUCAAUAGCGGCUCCAUCAACGGUGUCGCCUGCUUUGCGGUCGACAAGGCCAAGGGCACGAUCAAGCCGAUUGCCAACACAGUCCGCAGCCUCAAGCUUAACCAGACGACUCCUGCCACUGGCCCCGCCGGGACAGCUAGCCACGUCAUUUUCUCAGAGGAUGGCACUAAGCUCAUCGCUAGUGUCAAGGGUGUACCUCCAACCCCCGGUAUUAUCGCAGUCUGGGACGUCGCUAAGGAUGGAUCCCUGUCGAAGGACUUCCAACCAAUGCAGCCUGCCAAAGGCGGCCUCCUUCCGUUCAGCAUGACGGUCAUCCCUGGAAAAAAUGCCAUACUGGCCACCGAUGCAGGGGUUGGCGCUGCCAUCUUCGAUCUCAACGCAACGCCCGCCAACGGCGUCGCAGCGGGGCAGUCGUCAAUCCUCACAAUCGCCGGCCAAAAGGCGACUUGCUGGAGCUCGUUCUCGCAGAAGACCAAGAACUUUUAUGUCACCGACAUCGGAACCUCGCAAGUCACCGAGAUUUCGCUCGACAACAACCUCAAGCCGACGAUCGUCAAGCAGUACCCGCAAGGUGAUACUGUGGCCACCAUCGACAACGACAUCGCGACUGUUGGCGGCAAUGACUUCAUGUUUGUAUUGGCGCCCAAUGCAACUCAAGUCAGGGUUCUUUCUCUCAAGGCCCCAGGCAAUGCCGUCGCACUCCAAACUCUGGACAUCGCGGGACCAGCGAAGGCAGCUGGCCUUCCACUCAACGCUGCCAACUUGCAAGGCAUGACGACCUUUAUCAAGCGGGCAUAA